AUGACAUCGCUUGAUCUCAAUCUAAAACACCAUAUCCAUUACUCACUCAGACCCGCCGUUGUUGAGUACCUUUGGGGUCCUCAAUCUUCUCGGGUCAAUAUUCUGGGGCAAGCCAAAAAUCUAGAAGGAUUCUUUGCGUUAUACUUCGGAUAUUAUAAUAAACAAUGCGAUCUAAUAGGACGCCAUGCAAAAGGCAAAUAUUCUUCGGUGGAGUCGCACAGAGAUAUUAUGGGCAUAGCGCAACUUCUGCAACAACCUCUCACUCGAGAAGAGGUACGGAAACAUAUGUCGAGUUUCCUGAAAGUCGCAGAUAAGGAACAGCAUGAAACCUCUAUCAAUCUCGUCGCUCGACUUCUUCUGAUGAUCAAAUUCGGCGACGUUCCUCACGAAUGUCGCGGAGGCCGAUACCUCGAAUGGAGUUAUGGAAGUCUUCCUGAAUUCGUGCACAAUUAUUUCUCUUGCCCCCCAGCUCGCAGCCAUGACCGUAUCAAGCUUGAGAAGUCAUUCAGCGCCCUCAACUUACAGCGAAUCGCGGGUAUUGAGAUUUGGUGGACAGACAAUCUAGCGGAUCACCUCCGUAUGAUGGAUGAUGAUAAGGCGAUCGCAGUCUUCCACCACGCGUCCUUCCUAGAUUAUCAAAUAGACAAUCAUGCGAACAGCCCGAUCUUCCCGGACGGUUUCAUCGAGGAAACAUUGAGAACAAUUGCCCUUCUCCUUCCCAAGUAUGACCAAGCAACUAGAAAUUGGUAUCGGAAAGUCGCUUCUAAUCCUGGCUGUCAUCUCGAUAUGCAACUUGUAGAAAUUGGAAACCUGAAUGCCGAGAGUCGACAGCUUGAGAACUUUAAGUAUUGGCAUGACCGUCUUGUGAUUUUAAAGCAAGUGUACGACGACGCUCGCCCCACUACGCUCUCUCAGUGGUGGUAUGAUCGGCGAAAUGGGGCGCAAUGGUAUCCUUUCUGGAUUGCGCUCUGGGUUUUGGUUUUGACAACAUUCUUCGGCUUGGUCCAGUGCAUCGAAGGCGCAUUGCAAGCGUACAAAGCGUUCCGUUCGUGA